AUUUUCUCCCCUUACUUACCCAGAGUGAGAGAGAAUAAUUAAAAUAUAUAAACAAAAUGAUCCAAACCAUCAACCCUUACUCCACCGCCAGAACGGCCGAAAUCAUGUCCCGCUACCGCCCCAUCGCCCCCAAGCCGGAAACCCCCUCCUCCGCCGCCGACACCGACUCCUCCUCCUCCGCCCUCCCCAACGGCAUCCGCAAAUCCCCCUACUUAAGCAACGUCUGGGCCCAUCUCCAGGCCCGCCCCACGCGGACGCGCAAGCGCGGCCGCACGGCCCCCUUCUCGGCCGCUUCUUCUGUGAAGCGGCCCAGAACUUGCCUCCAGGGGCUAUCCCCCCCUUACCACCUCGCCCCGGCCCACAUGCAUGCCUUCCCCCGCCCCCUCGACACCGCCGAGUACGUCGCCCUGCCCCUCCUCUACUGCGCUGCGGCCGCCGUCCCAAAGGCCAACGCCAUAGAUCUCAACGCGGCUGCGGCUGAGCCUCAGCCUCAGCCGCAGCCGCAGGAUCUCGACCUCCACCUCCACCUCCCCGAGCCGCCGGCAUCCGCGGCGGUUAUCUCGCCCCGGCCGGUCAGGCCGGUCGGGUCGAGUAUAAUCGUGGAGAGCAUCGCGGAAGAUCCGCGAGGCUCGUCCAUGGCGAAGGGGGUGGAGGAGGCGGUGGAGGGGGAGGCGAGGCCGGCUAUCGUUUCGGACUCGAGCAACAAGGUGAGGAUUUGCAAUUCGGCGUACAAGGAGAUGGUGGGGCAGCCGGAGUGCUGCUGGCUGGAUGGACGGAGGAUAGGCGGGGAGGUGUCGCUGAGGUUCCCGGACGCGGAGGCGGGGAGGAGGGCGAGGGAGGCGGCGGCGUUUACGUGCUCGGUGAGGAUAGAAUGGGAGGGAGAAGGGAAGAAGAAGAUGUGCGUGAAUGCGGCUUGCAGCGCUGUCAAAUUGGUGUGCCAAAGCCAAACUAAAGAUUGCCAGUUUUUGUGGAGGUUUGAUACCGCUAAAUCAGCUAUGUAAUUUGUAUAUUUAAUUAAUUAGGAUAUAAUUAGCUGUAGGAUGUUGAUUAUUACUAUGAAUUAAGUAUAUAUUUCAUUAUAUCAUAUGUAUACUUAGACUAUCAUCUUUUCGUCUAGCAUCAUUAUAUCUAAUCUUACUUGAUGCUCUUA